AUGGCGUAUAUUAAUUGCACAGUCAACACCACGUAUUCGGGUUGUAUUAAUGGCCUGACGACUGCAGGAGCUAUUGGACUAGCGUUUGGUAUUCUUUUUCUUUUAGUUAUUAUAAUUAUCAUUAUCAUUAUUUGUUGUUGCUACUGUGGAUGCGCCAAACGAUGUGGAUGUGAAAAUGCUUGCAAUGGCCUAUGCAAAUUUAAUCAAGUGGGGACAAGUAUUGGUGUCCGUCCUCAACCCGUUUAUCAACAACCGCAGUAUGUAUAUAGAAAUAAUGGAUAUGUAAAUAGGCCACCAGAGCCUGCACCAAGACCGCCACCUCCACCAUAUCGACCAGUACCUUCUGCGGUGAGAAGAACUGAUGUAACUAUCAUUCGGCCCUCACCCUCACCCACUGUUCCCACAAAUGUUCCACAGCCAGCACCACCACCUUAUCAGCCUGGGCCUACUCCUCAGCCCGUAGUAGAAACAUACAACCCUCCACCACCAGUUGUAGAAACAUGGAACCCCGAACCAGCACCUGUAGAAACAUCAAAUCCAGCACCGUCACUAGCUGUAGAUACAUGGAAUCCCGAACCAGCACCUGUAGAAACAUCAAAUCCAGCACCGUCACUAGCUGUAGAUACAUGGAAUCCCGAACCAGCACCUAUAGAACCAUCAAAUCCUGCACCGUCACUAGCUGUAGAUACAUGGAAUCCUGAACCAGUACCUGUAGAAACAUCGAAUCCAGAACCGUCAUUAGCCGUUGAUACGUGGGAUGGUCAAUAA